UCCGCUGCGCGUAGUGGCGUCGCGGCGUAGGAGUACGGGGGAAGAACAGGAAGAGCGGAGAGAGGAAAAGGAGAGGAGAGAGAUGCCUGCGCCUGUGUAAAAUCCUGUGAAUUCCAACUCGCCUCCGAAUCCUGCGUCCUCUGGUCGGCGGCGCCGCCGCCCCAGGGCCACCACCUCGCCGCCGGUAAACCCUAGCCGUCGCCGCACGCGGGGGAGGAGUCAACAACAGGCGGGAGGAGGGGAGGAGGCGGAGGCAGCGACUGCCCGCCGCGGCUCCGUUUUGGUCGGUCUCAUUCGCUCGUUCCUCCGCCCGAGGCGGCGCCGCCGCCCAUCGCCUGUUCGUCGAGCAGCCGCGGGUAGAUCCAUCCGGUGGUUCGCGUGGCCGCGUUGAGGAGGGUGUGCUCGGGGGGAGCGGGGGCGUAGUGAGAGUUGGCGCGUGCGUGCGGCGGUUGGUUUGCUUGUUCUGGAAGCUUCGUGGGCGGCCGAUCCGGUUUGGGUGCAAUCAGCGGCGGCAAUGUCGGGAUCGUCGGCGGCGGGGGAGGAUAUAGUGCAGCACCUCUCGUCUAAUUCCAACCCGUCCUCGUCCAAGCUCGCCAAGCUGGAGGCACGGAUGGCUGGCAAGGCCGCUCCGGUGCCAUCACCGCCGCCGCCGCACCAUCUGGUGGUUCCUUCUGCCCCCGCCACCACGUUCAUGGACCAGGAGGAGCUGCCCGAGUCCUCCUCUUCCGACGAUGAUAAUGGCGAGGAGUUCUUGAUACAGAAGAACAUACUGAAGCGCCCGAGAUCGCCAGAUGGUGAUCACGGCCUAGCUGUUGGAAAUUUUGAGGGAUCAGCUAAUGAGGCGGUAAAGCAUUCAGAAGUCAUGGACACACGGCCAUCCAUAGACAUCUCAAACAGAAAAAAGCAAGGCCGUGGAAGGGGGCGCGGUGGAGCAGGCCGAGGGCGUGGUUCAAAAACUGUAGAUCAAACAAGAGCAACUUCAACUUCAUCUGCUGUUGUAGCAAAUGGUCGACAUGAUAUUUUAACCAACAUGGAAUCCCGAUCCAGUGCUGUGCUUGGCAAUGAUGAUAAGGCUGCCUUACAGGAAGAGUUGUCAUUGCUGCGUGGUAAAGUUGCUAUUUUGGAAGAAGAGCUUUCUAAAUCGCGUCAAGAGUCCACGGAAUACCGUCAACUUAGUGAUAGGCUAGCGAAGGAAUUGAAGGAUCUCAAAGAACAAGAUCAACAAAAGAAAUCAAAGCAAUUGAAGGUUCUAUCUGAUCUGCUGAUAGCUGUGUCAAAAGCAGAGCGGCAAGAAGCACGGAUUCGAAUAAAGCAGGAAUCUUUCCGACUUGGUAACGUUGGUGUUAUGAGAGCUGGAACUGUCAUAUCUGAAACAUGGGAGGAUGGCCAGGCAAUAAAGGAUCUUAAUUCUCACCUUAAAUCUCUGCUGGAGACUAAAGAAACUAUCGAGAGACAUAGAAAAUCACUAAAGAAAAGACAAUCCGAUAAGGGUGAUGGCAGUGAUGCUGAAACUAGCAUGUCUGAGGAAGAUGUCCUGUUGCAGGAUGAGAUAUGUAAAUCACGGUUAACAAGUAUAAAGCGGGAGGAAGAACAGUACUUGAGAGAAAGAGAUCGGUAUGAAUUGGAAAAGGGUAGGCUUAUACGUGAAAUGAAGCGUCUCAGAGACGAAGAUGGAUCACGCUUUAAUAACUUUCAGAUUCUUCACAAUCGCUACGCUCUGUUAAAUCUUCUUGGAAAGGGAGGGUUUAGUGAGGUUUAUAAGGCAUUUGAUUUGGUGGAGUACAAGUAUGUGGCAUGUAAGCUUCAUGGUUUGAAUGCUCAGUGGAGUGAGGAGAAAAAGCAAAGCUACAUACGCCACGCCAUUCGUGAAUAUAACAUCCAUAAGACUUUGGUGCAUCCAAACAUUGUCAGGCUAUGGGACAUAUUUGAGAUUGAUCACAACACAUUCUGCACUGUCCUAGAAUAUUGCAGUGGCAAAGAUCUUGAUGCAGUCCUUAAAGCAACACCGAUUCUUCCAGAAAAGGAAGCGAGAAUCAUAAUUGUCCAAAUAUUUCAAGGCCUAGUUUAUCUUAACAAGAGAACUCAAAAGAUCAUUCACUAUGAUCUCAAACCAGGCAAUGUUCUCUUCGAUGAGGUUGGUGUUGCAAAAGUUACAGACUUUGGCCUCAGCAAGAUAGUGGAGGAUGAUGUUGGGUCUCAGGGAAUGGAACUGACUUCUCAGGGAGCUGGAACCUAUUGGUACCUGCCACCGGAAUGCUUUGAUCUUAGCAAAACGCCAUUUAUCUCAUCGAAGGUGGAUGUUUGGUCAGCGGGUGUAAUGUUUUACCAAAUGCUCUUCGGAAGGCGUCCUUUUGGCCAUGACCAGACCCAGGAGAGAAUACUUCGGGAAGAUACAAUCAUCAACGCACGCAGAGUGGAAUUCCCUUCAAAGCCAGCUGUAUCAAAUGAGGCAAAGGAACUGAUUCGUCGCUGCUUGACAUACAACCAAGCAGAAAGACCAGACGUUCUAACCAUCGCUCAAGAACCUUAUCUGUCUUAUGCAAAGAGGUAGUCACUCCGAAAGAGUGCAGGACAAGAUUUUGGAUCGGCAGCCGCUCGCGCAAGAACCCCGGAACAUAUUUAUUUUGGACGGGGAUGGGCACCAGCAAAUGGUAAGAAUCUGGCAAAGCUCAAGAAUAUCCCGAAGGGUGUUACUGUAUAUUUGUAAAUAUCACUUGUGCCCAUAACAGCAAUGACUAGAACGGCAAGUGAACCUCCUCUUUAAUCUAGAGGAGGUAGAUUAGGCGUUAAUUUUUGAACGGGCCAUGCUCUUUUGCUACUUCUUGAUGCUCGCACGCGUAAUGUGACGACUUUGGCUGGUGCCCAGUUGUUCUGUUAAAAAUGGGUUGUUUACGAGGUUGUUCGUCGGCAAGGUCUGCCAAAUUACCGUUCAUGAAAAAUAGAUGAACCCUCAAAAUUCACCUCA